AUGAAUCCCUUCAAGUUGGGAAGGAAACGAGACCUCUCGUCCUCCUUGGACAGUCGAUGGGGCGACCCUGCCAUCUCCGCCCCGAACGAAGGUUCCUGGAACGAGAUGCCUCCUGUGCAGCCUAUCCGGACGGAGCCCACCCCAGUCAAGCCGAGCAAAGCUCGUCGAUUUGUCACCAUGCUUCGUCCCAAGGCGUCGGACUCGACAGAGCCCGUGGAGACGGGCGCUGCAUCGUCUGUCCAGGGGGUUCGUGACACUCUGCCACACCACCCGUUGGUCGACCUUCGAGGACAUCACGUUCCUACCUGGACUGCUGAACGAGGCCGCGAUCGGAUGCCAAAACCUGAUACCGCAGGAAGAACACAAUCAAGGACAGACUAUCGGCAGGAAAACACCACUAGUUACUCAACUCCCGCAGACGGCCGCCCCGAAUCUCGGAAUGGCUCCGAGUGUUCCAGCGAGCCUGAUGAGAGUGCUCAUAUAAAUGAGACGACCGCAGAGACAAGAGCUAGAUCAGCGACAGACACCCGAAAGAGUCCUCCAUGGCCCAAAUCGCCACCGCUCGCCGCCACCGCCCGAAUGCGUCGGUACAGCGAGCAAAGCAUGAGUGUGAGCACGGACAGGAUGACACCGUCUACCGGCACCUUCAGCUCGAGACACACCAGUAUCACGUCGGCCACGUCUGCUACUUCUUCUUCUGCUGCUUCUGCGCUGCCACUCCUUGCGGAGGAGAGUCGUCCGGUACUAAAACUCGCUGCGAUGCAUCCUCCUCAUCCCCCGUCCCAUUCGCAUCGGGACCACCAGACAGGCAAGUCUGCGACAGCCGGCCGUGCUCAGAAGCGACGUGAUCGCGAGCCAGUCGGACCGCAAGAGCUCGUUCCAUCAUACGAUGAGCUCUGGGGAUGCUUUGCCCAAGGUACAUUACGUGUACUGUACCUAGGUAGGUCAAAAUAUCGUUCAAAAAUCUACGAGCAGCACACUCUUGCCUCACCUGGACACUGCCGCUUUAAUGGGGUGAGCUGGACUUGUUCCUCUCCUUCUAGUACAAAAUAUUACUAG